AGGAGGCGGACCGACUGUAGCUACACCUCGGCCAGCGGUGCUGGGUUAUAGCGCUGGUGGACGGGGGGGGUGGGGGCAGCAUACUGCUCUUCUUGCCCUUCCUAAACCGUGCACAGCCUCAAGCAUUGAGGACACCAUCACCUCAACGCGUCCUGGAAUAGUUUUGCUUUCUGCCCAGACGCACCAAGUUGCAGCUUCAGAGGCGCACUUUUCUCCGUGGCUCCUCUCUCCCUUUGCGCUCACAAUCCGACAUGGAAGAUGGUCCGUCUUCAACAAGCUGUUUCAGAAGGUUAACGGACUGUUUCCUGGGUGCAAGCUUGACAGAUGAGAAAGUGAAGGCCUACCUCUCGCUGCACCCGCAGAUGCUGGAUGACUUUGUGUUGGAGAGUGUGAGUGCAGAGACGGUGGACAGAUGGCUGAAGAGGAAGACCAGCAGCAGGCCUGCAGAUGACUCAUCAGCUAAAGAUGUCAGCAGGUACCAGGACACAAAUAUGCAGGGUGUGGUGUACGAACUCAACAGCUACAUGGAGCAGCGCCUGGACACUGGGGGAGACAACAAACUCCUGCUCUAUGAGUUGUGCAACAUCAUCAAAACAGCAACAAAAGCUGAUGGAUUUGCACUUUACUUCUUGGGAGAAUGCAACAAUAGUUUAUGUUUGUUCACUCCAACUGGGGCCAAGGAUGGCCCUCCAAGCCUCAUCCCCUCCGGCCCCAUCGCAUUUGGGACAACCAUUGCCGCUCAUGUUGCCAAGACUCGCAAAACACUGCUAGUAGAGGACAUCAUGGGGGACGAGCGCUUCCCCGACGGCACAGGGCAGGACUCAGGGAUCCACGUUCACUCUGUCCUGUGCCUCCCCAUCCUCACUGCCAUCGGGGACCUCAUUGCCAUCCUGGAGCUGCAACGGCACUGGGGCAAGGAGCCCUUCAACCUCAGCCACCAGGAGUUCUUUGGAACUAAGCUUCAGUUUCUUUUCCAGGUUGCAACAGCUAAUUUAGCGUGGGCGUCCGUUGCCAUUCAUCAAGUACAGGUGUGCAGAGGCCUCGCCAAACAGACUGAGCUCAAUGACUUUCUACUAGAUGUGUCAAAAACAUACUUUGAUAACAUUGUGGCAAUAGAUUCUCUACUUGAACAUAUUAUGAUAUAUGCAAAAAACCUGGUGAAUGCGGACAGGUGCGCACUCUUCCAGGUAGAUCACAACAACAAAGAACUGUACUCUGACCUGUUCGAUAUUGGGGAAGAGAAAGAAGGCAAACCUGUCUUUAGGAAAACCAAAGAAAUUAGGUUUUCUAUAGACAAGGGAAUAGCUGGCCAAGUGGCUCGGACAGGGGAAGUCUUAAAUAUCCCAGAUGCCUAUGCAGACCCAAGGUUCAACCGAGAGGUGGACCUGAAAACUGGCUACACCACGCGGAACAUCCUGUGCAUGCCCAUCGUGAGCAGGGGGAGUGUUAUAGGUGUGGUGCAGAUGGUGAACAAGCUAAGCGGAAGUGCCUUCACUAAAACAGAUGAGAACAACUUUAAGAUGUUUGCUGUCUUUUGUGCUCUGGCCUUACACUGUGCAAAUAUGUACCACAGGAUCCGGCACUCUGAAUGCAUUUACAGAGUGACGAUGGAAAAACUGUCUUAUCACAGCAUUUGCACAUCAGAAGAAUGGAAGACCCUUACCCAGCUCAACCUCCCGGCACCGAUUUAUAAAGAGAUCGAAAUGUUCCACUUUGACAUUAGUCCAUUUGAGGAGAUCUGGCCUGCUGUCUUUAUCUACAUGGUUCACAACUCCUGUGGAAAGACCAGCUUUGAGCUGGAGAAGCUGUGUCGGUUCACCAUGUCUGUGCGGAAGAACUACCGGCGUGUGCCCUACCACAACUGGAAACACGCAGUGACAGUGGCACACUGUAUGUACGCCAUACUACAGAAAACCUCUGGGAUCUUCACAGAGCUAGAGAAGAAGGGCCUGUUGAUAGCCUGUCUGUGCCAUGAUCUGGACCAUCGGGGUUACAGCAAUGCGUACCUGCAGAAGUUUGACCAUCCGCUGGCUGCUCUGUACUCAACCUCCACCAUGGAGCAGCACCACUUCUCUCAGACUGUCUCCAUUCUACAGCUGGAAGGGCACAAUAUUUUCUCCAACCUAAAUUCCAUCGAGUACGAGCAGGUGCUGGAGAUCAUCCGGAAGGCCAUCAUCGCCACGGACCUCGCCCUGUACUUCAACAACCACCAGCAGCUUUCGGAGCUGCUGACCUCGGGCGGGCUGGACUUUAACAACCACUCACACAGGGACCGUGUGAUUGGUCUGAUGAUGACAGCAUGUGACCUGUGUUCUGUAACCAAGCAGUGGCAACUCACACGACUCACAGCCAACGAUAUUUAUGCUGAGUUCUGGGCUGAGGGAGAUGAGAUGAAGAAGAUUGGGAUGCAGCCGAUCCCUAUGAUGGAUAGAGACAAGAAGGACGAGGUUCCCCAAGGCCAAGUGGGAUUCUACAAUGCUGUUGCAAUUCCAUGUUACACGACACUAGCGGAGCUUUUCCCUCCAUCCAGUCCUCUUCUAAAAGCCUGCAAGGAGAACCUGGGCCAGUGGGAGAAGAUAGCACGGGGCGAGGUGGAGGACGUAGUGCCCAGCCGACCCUGUGAUUCAGGCCCUGUCAAGGUGGACAACUGACUACCAAAGGGGUUGCUGGCCCGCCAAAGGAAUACAGCCUGGAUCCUGCCACGGACCUGGUACUUUGUAGGAGGAGGAACCCACAUCCUGUGUUAGCAGGAGACAGAUCAGCUAAAGGCGACUUGACUCUGAAAACACAUAGUUACCUCAUUGGGUGACGGAGGUGUCAACACUGGCGGUUUCACCGAUCCCAGAGACUGACAGACAGCUGAUGGGGAGGGACUUGGACCCAUCACCCUGCGUCCACUCAGCUUGGGAAUUCAUUUGGUAGAAUGGACUUUUGGUUGUUUUAUUU